AUGGCAGUAUUCGACGGCACGUCAUGCCCCGAAGAACACUUGAUGGCCUACAAAAAUUUGAUGGUGCUGCACACUACCAACCCAUCCUUGUGGUGUAAAUUCUGCCCAACUACUCUUACUGGAGUAGCCUUGACAUGGUACACCUCCCUUCCGGGAGGAAGUAUCCAUAACUUUGCCCAAUUAGAAAGCAAAUUCUUGGGUCAUUUUGUGGCAUCCAGGAGGCAGGAGAAAUCCAACUUCCAUUUGCUUAGCAUAACGCAACUGGAAGGGGAAUCCAUAUCAUCUUACUUAAAGAAAUUCCAUGAGGCCGUACAGGAGGUGACGGAUCUGGAAGAAUCAGUCGCCUUGAAUGCCCUGAUCAAUGGCAUGAAGGCUCAGAGACUGAAGUUCCAGUUGGUCGAAAGUCAGGUGAAGACAUAUGCAGAAGCCAUGAAGCAAUGUCAAAGCUAUGUCACCGCCUCCGAAAUAUGCCAGGCACACGACCCGAAAAGGCGAAAGUCCAAAAAGAGAGAUGCCGCAAUCUCCCAUCAGUCCUCAAGGAACAGAGAAGAGCCUUCGUCAAGGAGGGAAAGGAAUUACAUGCUGCGUCGUCCUGCGCCCCCGUCAGACAUGGGACCUCCACGAUCCCGUCACGUAUAUAUCACGGAAGGAGAAUCCAGAACACGCAAUUUGCUAGAUAGGGGUAAUGACCCAAUGUUUAAUCGAAACAGAAAAGACAUUUUCUUCGCCGUUCGUGACAAGUUGCCAACUCCACCACCCACUACCACUCCUUCCGAUAGACGCAAUUACAAUCUGUGGUUCCUCAACAGGAAGGACUAUGAUGCGGGAAGAGAAGUAGACAGGAGGCCAUGGAAUCAAAGACGCAGAUCCCCCAGAAGGGAUGAGGCCAGGCAUGAAAGUUCCAACACACAAGGAACUAUCAACGUAAUUUUCGGAGGAUACACUGAAGAAUAUCCUACCAUUCGAGCCGCCAAGGAUAGCGUCCAUACUCUGCUGAAAGGACCACCAAAAACCAUAUCAAAGGGACCGAUCAUGAGAUUCGACGCCACUACCUCUCAACCGCUGCAACAACCACACACCGAUCCUCUUGUGGUCACCCUCAAAAUCGGGCAAAUGAAGGUGAAGAGAGUACUGGUAGACACCAGAAGUACGGCCGACCUCAUAACCAUGGAGUGCCUCAGAAAAAUGAAGUUCGAAGAAAAGCAUUUGCAGCCUCUCGACAAACCAUUGCUUGGGUUUGGAGGUAGUCAGGUCAUUCCACUAGGCACGAUCAUUCUACCCGUAAGGGUGGGGGAAAGAAACAAAAGCAGGGCCAUGCCCGUACGAUUCACGAUAGUGGAUCUCACAUUCCCCUAUAAUGCCAUCAUGGGGCUCCUGCUCAUCAACAAGAUAAAAGCCGCGAUCUUUCCUCAUCAACUCCUGUUGCAAUUCGAACAGGAUGAUGGUCAGGUGGCAUCCUUAAAGGAGACCAAGUAA